GUGUCUGCAUAAAUACUGCCCUGGUACUGGCGUUUGAGCCAGAGGUGUGUAUCAGCCAAGGCUUCCUGGGGCGAACAUCCCACGGCAGGCUUCCCCUGGGCCAUUUGCCGGCCCUUGGUGUCUCUGGGCCAAGCCUGUUUAAAGAGCUGCUCUUGACUCUGUCCCUUCCUUCUUCCCUCUGGCUGCAGAAAGCCAAGCUGAAGAGAGUUUCCUGGAGGGACACGACCUGGCAGGCAAAAGAAGGGCUCCAGCGGAGGCUGUGAGACCUGGAGAAGGCGUUGGACCAGGCACGGGAAGACAAGCAAGACAUUCAUGACGAAAUGACCCGCCAAUACCAGGAGCUGCAGAAGCAGACAGCAGCCCACAGCCAUGCCUCUCCCUCCCUGGUGGGGUGGGGAUGGGGUUCACUCCAGGGCAGCAAAGCUACCAGGCUCCAGGAGGGCCAGCAGAACCAGGAGACGGUCACCUAGGCACUAGCAGAGAGGGACAGGAGCAUUGCCCAGCUGCAGGGCAGGCUCGAUGCCAUGGAGAGGGAGUAUGAGAAGAUCUUCCAUGGUAGCCUGGACCUUGUUCUAGACAAGACGGCAGAGGCCAGCCAGCACUGGGAAGAAGUAGGAACAACCAUCGCUGUUAUAAGAGCUAACUUUUUGUGGUUUUGCAGAUGGAAAAUUCCAGUCCUAGAAAGGCCUCAGUUUCAUCAUAUGUUUGUAUGA